GCGGACUUUCAUGCAGAUUUCUAAAAUGUUUGAAAGGUGUUUCUUUAGAUCUCUUUAAUUUGACACUGUAAUGGCAGACGGAUUUGGUGCAAUUACGUGGUGGGGAUUUAGCCCAGCUCUCGAUCUACAAGGCAGAUAUCAGUCUUUAGCAUCCAAAUUAAAAGGAUUGAACAUUUCAGAGCCAGAUGCUUCCAACAAACAAGGAAAAUGUAAUAUUCUUCUGAUAGGAGCAGGUGACUGUCGCCACAUUUUAAAGACCAUUGUGCAUUCAUACAGACGUGUAAAGAGAGAGCUCUGUAUCUUUGUGGUUGAGAAUAAUCUUGAACUUUAUGCAAGACAUCUUCUGCUUUUGUCAAUUGCAUUGGAACCCAAGAAAAAGCUUGGCCUGCAAGAAAAGACAGAGUUAUUUCUUGAACUGUUUGGGAAUAGUCUUGUGAGACCACAAGCCAGUGAUUACUUGCAGCAAAAGUCAUCUGAAUUUAUCAAAAUGGUAACUGAUUCUGAUUACCUUGAAGCUCACCUUCCAGUGUUCAACUUUUCCCAGCUGAAGUUUAAAGAAAGAGACCAGUUGGAAAGCAUCUUUAAAUUCUGGAGAAAUUCUGAUCCCAAAAUCUUUGACAUCUGCAGACACUGGGAUGAGAGGUUGAGGCAGUACCUUGCUGUUCGCUAUGACUCUAGGGAGAAUAUCUACGACUGGGACUACAGUAUGAAAUUGUCCAAAAAGGCAUCAAUUAUUAAUAGCCGUGAGUAAAAGAACUGGCGUGAACAGGGCGUAGCGUUUGAGUUACGUAGUGACUCCACUUAUGAAGUAACCAACAGGACUUUGGCUUCUGGUAUCAUCAUUAAAAAGGAUGGAGAGAGAGUUGCUCGCAGAGGCUACUGGGGAGACAUAAUCAACAGUCCUUAUUUAGCUUUUGGUACUGAAAGUGAAGAGGAAUCUCUUUUCCAAACUUCCAAUGGACAGCAUGUUAAAACAGCAACAAACGUCUCUGAAUACAACAUCACGGCCUUCAUGCAUGAAAUAUUAACAGGAGAAAAAUAUAUCGCUCCAAAAAUUGAUGACGAAAAGAAAGGAAAGAAAGAGAUGGCUACUUUACAGGAAAUUCAGGAAGAAGAAGUAGAAUCAGAUCAAGUGGGAAGUACGAAAGACGAAGACACGCCUCAAGAAAAUGUGCAUCCGACACAAGGGUACAUGAGGUGUCCUGGUACCACAGUCACUUUUCUGCCGUUGAAUUGUGUUCCGGAUCUCUCCAAGAAAAGCAAAUACAACAAGCUAUUUGACGUCAUUUAUUUUUCAAACAGCAUGGUACACCUACUGACCCCCGAUGUGAAAGAGAUUUUUUCUGACGAAGCGGUUAUUAUUACUGAAACAACCAAGUUUAUGUUGGAUUUAAAACCGGAACAAAUGCGGGAGUACUUAAAAAAGAUAACUUCAAUGGCGGAGAGUGCUGGAUGUAAGGCGGCAGGCCACACCGAUGGAGAAGAAGACGCCCACACCUUCUUCACUUUUCAGAGAUAACAUUCACAGACUGAACUGUUCGUGACUGGGCUUACGUUACACAGCAUAUUUUUUCGUAAUAUUUGUUCCCGUCUAGAAAUUGAUGUAAUGAUACCAAAAAGAAAGCUUCUGAUAUCAGCUAUCCAUGAAAGGGCCAACAUGUUCUGAAGCAAUGCUACGAAACAUAAUUUUUUUGUUCGGAAACGGCAAUACUGUUAAGUAGCCACCGAGUAGGCCAUCAUUAUUAGCGCUUCUGCACCAGCACAAACAAUUUCUCCGCGAGCAGAAAAGUAUGUGGCCUUGAGCAAUGCGAGCCGACGAGAGGUUCGAUAACCCCAUUUGUAGUGCCAGACCCCCGGCCGACACACCUCGCCCUGAGACCUCUGACGCAGUGCCAUGAUUAAGGCUACUCAUAGGCUUGUUUUGAAGAAGCUUGGGAUCUGACCGCUCACGGAUGGUGUAGAACCGUGGUUUGGGUUAGCCCUCAUGUAAAUAAUCGACCCUUAGUGUUUCGUCGUGACACCGGAUAUUUUCUAUUUAUUUCGAGGAAAAAAUUGGAAUAAAAUGUGUGGAGCCCUUUGUUUUUUUUUUCUCUUAUUUAUAUUUUGCUGCACCGUAGGUUUAAGAAGAAUUAGUUUCUCUGGUCAAGUAGAAUUGCAGCCGUUUAAUGAGAUCGUAUACUUUGUUCGCUACUUCAAAUAUGACCCUCAAGCAGAAAGCGAAAUUCCGGAUUCGAGAGAAAAAGAUUUCGAGCCUGGGUAAAAAAAACAUUAUCGACUCAAGAGAGAAAUUCCCAAUUUUAAAAUAAAAAAUAAAAUUUGGACCACUUGUGUCCAUUGUAUGUUUCCGUG